AUGGAACAAGAUCCCUCCCUCGCCUGGUCGGAGAUGCCCUCCACCGGGGAGGAAGACUUCUCGCAUUUCCUCGAGUUUGGAAUGCAAUUCUCCGAUCUCGAGGGGCAGCACGGACCGACCGACCACCAGCAUCAGUCUCUUCCACCGCGCUCCACCGCCGCUGCGACUCAGGAACAACAUCUUGUUCGCAUGGACACCGAUCCCGUGUCGUACAAUCGUCUCAUGGGCGAUUUCUCCGUCGAUCCCUCCUACACGGCCGCCCCCAUGACCCCGGCCUACUACCCGCAGAAACACCAUUCCGCGCAACCGCAGAUGGAGCAGUCGCAUCACCAACCGACCUCCCAGCCCUAUAUUCCUCACUCCCAACCCAUGAUUCCUCCUACCCCCAACAGCAUUGAAUUACAGGGCAACGCAGCCACCUACCCCCAGCGCGUCGACGACUCCCAUGAGAUGUACGACCGCUAUGCGCGGAUGAAUGAGGAACAGGCUCUCUACACCCCCCUUGUGUCUCCAGCUAUGACCCCGUUAGAGUCGCAAUUCCGACUGCCAGAAUACACCAUCCCCGGGGAAUACUUCACCCCCCUGACCUCGCCCGCCCUCGAAGCCCAAAAUGCCUCCAAUGGCUACCCCUUUCAUCAGGCGCAGAUGUCCGACAUGGGGUUCGUUCCGUCGCCAGUGGACAAUGCCAUUCCCACUUCGUCAGCCCCAUCGUCCCCGGGAUUGAUGCGGAAACAUCGUCGACGGCCGUCCACCACCAAGACCUUCUCCAGUCGGGCCAAGAAACAACAAUCCCCCUCGGUCCGGCCUCAGACUCGCAAGAAGUCGCUCCUGAACAUCAACUCCGACGAAAUUUUGAACGGCCUGAGCCAGGACCAGGCCAACGGAAAGGCCAAGAAUCCUUCGACCAGUAACUUGCGAUACGGCAGCAAUGAAAGCUCCGGUCAGGACUCAGUCUCCCCGGAACCCCUCUCGGAACCUCUGAUGCCUCCCCCAGCCCUUCCGCCAGCGCGCAAAUCCCCGGCCAUUGCGCCACAGUCUGCCCAGUCACGAACCAGUGAGCCGGCGACCCCGGCCAUGCUGAUGCGCAUUCAGCGGUCGCAACCCGCUCCGCCCACACCGACUAGCCAGCCUGCCUCUCAAUUCACACCCACUCUGCCUGAAACACAUGACGAUGUCAUGGAAGAUGUCGUUCUUCCCGAGGCGGCUACGCCGACCACCCACCUCUCGCGACCCCAGGUGACCCGCAUUGACACAAGUCUGCGGGAUCAGAACCCAUCAUCGCCGGCUAUCACGCCUGGCAAUGGGACUCCUACCGUAGAAGCCAGGUCGGCGACGGCCCCCAGCCCCCGCACCCUCGCAAUGCCGUCCCCUAGUGGGCCAGUGGGCAGGAAAUCCGACACCCCCAAGCUUGGGCCCAUCGGCAGAAAGCGACAGAGUCUUAGCUCUGCACAGCCAAGUCCCAAUCUACGGCCGAAAAUUAGCCCUAACAUACAGCCGUUGGUCCGUGGAGAUAGCAUUUCAAGCGAAACCUCCGCACUCUACCUGGCUUCCAAGUCCAACUACCAGCACAUCUUGGAUGGAACGCUUCUUCCCGGUGUUUCAUACCCCGAGACCCUUGCGGAGAACCUGAGUUCGAAACGGACCAACCACAAACUCGCGGAACAAGGUCGUCGAAACCGUAUCAACAAUGCUCUCAAGGAGAUCGAGUCUCUCAUCCCGCCAGCCUUCGUCCAGCUGAAGAACGCCAAGGAGGCCGGAAGCACCCCGAAGAAUGGCGAAAAGGAGAAGGAGAAGUCUGCAAACCAGCAGAUCAGCAAAGCGAGCACCGUCGAAAUGGCCAUUGAUUACAUCAAGGCACUGAAGAAAGAGCUCGCAGAGACCAAAGGCAAGCUGGACGCUGCCGAGGCACGUCUCGCCAAGGAUCCCUCUGCGGCGACCGGUUCCCAAUCGAAAGACCCAGGAAAUGAGCAAGCCAAAAAGCCGAGCGACGAAAUGGCCAAGGCUACGGAGACAAAGACCAACGGCUCUGCGAUUGAAAGCUCGUAG